GCACCAACAACCACAACUACAACUCCAACAACCCCAACAGCCAAUCCAACAACCACGACUGCAGCUCCAAUAAUCACAACACCCGCUCCAACAACCACAACAGCAGCACCAACAACCACAACUACAACUCCAACAACCCCAACAGCCAAUCCAACAACCACGACUGCAGCUCCAAUAAUCACAACAGGUGAGGAGCCAACCACGACUGCAGCUCCAACAACCACAACAGCCACUGCAACAACCACGACUUCAGCUCCAACAACCCCAACAGCCAAACCAACAACCACGACUGCAGCUCCAACAACCACAACACCCGCACCAACAACCACAACCGCACCUCCAACAACCACCACAGCCCCACGAACCACCACGACCGCUCCUCCAACAAGCACCACUGCCCCAACAACUGCGACGGGCCCUAUUCCAUCAACCACCACAGUCCCGCCUUCCACCACUUCCCCACCAACCACCACAGCCCAACCAGUUAGCACAACCGCACCUCCAUCAACCACCACAGCCCCACUAACCUCCACGACCGCUCCUCCAACAAACACCACUGCCCCACCAACUGCGACGGCCGCUACUCCAUCAACCACCACAGCCCCUCCUUCCACCACUGCCCCACCAGCCACCACAGCCCUUCCAUUCACCACGACCGCUCCUUCAACAACCACAACAGCAGUUCAAAAAACAACAUCCCCUCCAACAACUGGCAGGAAUACAGUAAUGAGAUAUGUCACAUUCAGAUCACUUCAGAGCAAUUUUGAACCAGACUUAUUGAAUUCAUCAUCUGCAUCCUUUAAAAAUCGAUCUUUAAUGAUAAAGAGACAGAUUGAACCUGUUUACAGUAAGGCCUUCCCCUCUUCCUUUAUCUCCUUGGAUGUGGUGAGCUUCAGGAAGGGAUCAGUCAUCAACACCAUGGAACUUCAGUUUGUAAACUUUUCUGUUCCAAACUACACUGAGAUUAGGAAUGUUUUGAUCAGCCAAGCCUCAAAUGUGACCGGCUUUGACAUCGAAAGGGCCUCCAUCAACAUCAGUGACACUGCUCCAACAACUACCACAGCCACUCCACCAGAAACAACUGCAACUACAACAAAAACACCUGUUCUGACAACUACAACAACAGCUGCAGCAACUCCAACCACUAUCCCAACUACAAAAGCACCAACUGGACCUGUCCAAAUUAUUCUGUUUCUACAGUUCCUUGAACCAUAUGUACCUCAACUCACAGACCCCACCAGCAGUGCAUAUCAAGAUCGCAAAAAACGAGUUGAAGAGACGUGUGAUAGAAUAUACAGAGCAGAAUUUUUUAACUUCAUCCGUGCCAUUGUGAUUGGGUUCAGAUCUGUUAUAGUCCAAAAACGAGUGGAUAGAACUGAGGCAGUGGUGGAGCUUGUGUUCAAUCAAACAAUUCCCAAUGCACAAGUCCCAGAUAAUAUUACUAUUGUUCAAGCUUUAAGAGAUGCUAUUAACAGUUCCAGCAUUAAUUUCACCAUCCAAAUAGUUCCUGAGACAGUAUCGGUAACUUCUGUUCCUGUCAUUGUCACGGACAAUUCCACCACACCUCUACCAACCACUGUCACUUCCACUACUGCUGCACCGACUACUAGUUCCACUACUGCUGCACCGACUACUAGUUCCACUACUGCUGCACCGUCUACUAGUUCCACUACUGCUUCAGCUACAACUGUUGUACCUGCAACUACAGGUUCAAGUGGAGUAUCCCACAAGAUUAAUCCCAGAACUGCUUUCCUCCUGGUGCUGAUGUUAUGGCUUCUAUCAAGCCAGCAAUAGCAUCUGUGCUGGUUUCCAUGUGAAAGGCCAGCAGAACACGAUCUCUUUUAAUAACAUGAAAAAAAUGUAAUGUCAGCAGAAAUCUGAUAUGUUAUUAUUUAUAAGGGUUGUUGGGUUCAGGUACACUUUAAUUGGACACAUCAGAAAGAGUAGAUCUAGUAUGUUUAUCUGCAUGAAAGUAUUUUCGGGUGGGAAUGACCCUGUCCUGAACAGAAUGAAACAAACAAUUUUAAGCAUCCGGUUAAUUAAAUCACCAAUAAAAAAAAUAGCCCGACAAUGCAUGGGCAAAACAUUUAAAUAUAUACUGUGGGUGCCCCGUAACAUAGAGGCUUAGUACUUAGUACUAUGCAGUGGCCUGAGUUUAAGUGAAGUCCAGGUCUUUUGCUUGUAAGUGUAUCUCUGUCUUCAUGUCUGUUAACUUUUCCUCUUUCGAAUAUGAGGCCAAAAGUACAUAAAUUCUUUUGGGUGUUUUUCUUCUUUUUUUCAUCUUUUUAAUAUAAUUAUCGACAGCAUUUUUUCAUUCUUUACAUCAAUUCAUUGUUUCUAAAUACUUGUAAAAUUAUAUAUUUUGAGUUCCACUUCAUAUAUAUCAUACACAGUAUAUAUCACAAAUUACAUGUAAUAGUGUUAAGAAUAGAUCUUCAGGUGUCCCAAAACAUGCAGUCACUUUUCUUAUUUAUACAAAUGUAUUUUUAUAAGUAUCUUUAAAUGUAUUCUGUGAAAUUUCUUUUAAUUUACACAUUUUCUGUAAGAAAAGUCAAAAUGACCAGAAUACAUCUUUAUGAGAAAUUAACACUGUCUCCUGUAUUUAGGUUUGGGUAAAUAAAAAGCGAAUCAGGAAACUUUCAGGAUGUGCAACAACUGCAUGUAAAAAGCUUUAAUAAAAACAGAAUAUUUACA